AUUUGUUCGAUUGGUGACCGAGACCAAACUUGUGGUCGUUGAAUAGAGAGGUUCUUCCGUUCUAAUUACAGCCGACUUUAUAAAGUCCUAACCGAUUGACAGGACAGCUACUGACUCAAAACAUGGAAGAUAGAGUCCAGGAUAAUUUUACCAACCGUUCAGACGAGUCCUUGGAGUCACUUAAACACCCUCAACAAGAAAUAGGUGGCCACAAAAUAUCAAGCGAUUCAGAGUUAUUGCGCAGUAUCGUAGACAACCCUGAGGCACUGGCAGUGUUACAUCAAAAGUUCAAGGAGCUGGAAAAACCAGAAGGCCAGUCGAAUUGGAAGACACACUUGCACAAUGUCUUCCAGAGUUUGCGAGUUCGUGCAACGAGUCCUUGGGUCAAGGCCGUUCUGUUCUUUUUUUGGACCAGACUGCUACAUGUAUUCAACAUGGUGUCAGAGAUUUGGAAAGAAAAACGUACCAAACUAAGUGAGGUGCAGAGAAACCUGAAGGCUGUAAACGAGAUCCACGAGAAAGUCCGAGAAAAUGUUGAGGAGGUUGAAGAUCAGAUCAGAAAAACCCGGGAAAAUGACUACAAGAUCUCAAGUACCAAGAGCAAGGAUUUAGAAAUCCAGUUGACUACCGCCGAGCGUGACCUGGGGAAUUGUGAAGAUGGUCUGAGUGAUGUACAAGGUGAUAUGGAGCGUCUCAGAGCGGCGAUUAGAUGGCUUAAAUUCGUACAUAUCAUUGGAUUUGUUUUUGCAGCCGUCUUAGCUGCAGGAGUUCUGUACUACUACUUCAAUCCAGCCAGCCUUCUCCCCAGCGUCAAGAGAGAUGCCGACGAGCAACUCUGGAACCGUCGCUGGCAUCCAGCUAAAGAAAGUACAGAUACCGAAGUGAAAGGGUUGACGACUUCCGGCUUCAUGAUGAUAGCAGGUAGUGUAGCCAUGCUUGGUCUACCCUUGAAAUGGAUGAUUGAGAGUUUGUUCAUCAACUCGAAGCUGUUAACUGAAUGUGGCAAGGUCAUAGAAGAAGACUUGCGAAAAGCGAACAGCCUCCAGAAAAAGUUGAAGCGAGCGGUUGAAAAAGAAGUGCCCGAAAUGAAGAAACAGUUGGUUGUCUUGGAGUGUGACAUAUCUCGGUAUGCCUCGCUGCAGAAACUUGACUGGGAUUGACUUGAUCGAGACUCUGAGUGGCCCAACAAAAACCG